CUAGAUUCAUUCAUAAAAUCGGGAGUGAAGCACAUAACUUUGCCGCAAAUCAUUCUUGCAUAAUAGAUUUGAUACGUUUCGUUUUGUCUUCGAAAAAUUUAAAAUUUCGUUUUAUUUAUCCUUUAUUUAUUUGUAUAUAAUAAUUUUAGUAGUUUACAUUGAUUGCAACUAUUUUAUUUUCUUUAAUUAAUGCUUUUCAUUUUUAAAUGAAGUUCCUUUGAUCCGAGAUCUUCACGGAAUUCCGUAACUGGUUUUCAAGAAACACAUAAUACUCUUAUCUCUCGAUUAUUCCUUCGAAAAUUCUUAAUUUUGAUUCUUUUCUCCCUGCUGUAAUUUUCUCGAUAAACAAACGGAAAAAGAAAUAAGAAGAAGAAGCCAAAAAAGAGAUACGCGUAAAGAAUAGUUGGUUUCAAAGUUUCGGUUUCGUUCCUCUUUCAUAAAGGACAGGCAUAAGCGGUGGAGCUAACAAUAAAGUUUUUGGUAGGUCAUUUAGUUUUGACGGUUUCAUGUUUGAAACUGGAUUAUAAGACUUUCUAAUUUUGGAAAGCAAUGACUUGGACCUCGUCCAAGGGUUAUUUAGCAGCCAAUGCAUAUCCGAGGACCCUUUCUCGGAUUGCAAUUUUAGUGGGAUUAUUGGCUUUGUUUUUAGUCCUGGGUUCCUGGGUUUUGUUGUCAAACCCAGUUGGUUCCCAGGUUUCUGGAUCUUUGUACAGUAUUGAUAGUUCGGAGAAGUUAGAUUCACCAGUCUCUACAGACAAUCAAACCACCAGAUCUCCUAGUGAAUACAAUGUUGCUAAGAAUGUCUCAUCCGAGUCAUAUGUACAAGGUUCCAAUGGUGACUUGAAAACCAAGGAUGUGAAAGAUCAAGUCACAUUACCUGAACUAUUUGACAAGAGUUUCUCAAACGAGACCAGUUCACAAGUGCCCUUAACUUCAAAGGAUGCGCCUACUACCCUUUCUGAUGUUGAGAAGAUAAAAGAAAUAUCAACAGCUGUUCCUGUGCCGUCUUCUGUUUCAACACACGACGAUGGGGUUAAGGAUGUUACUCCUCCUUUGUUAAAUGUUAGUGAUAAUGAUCUAAGUGGCAUUUCUAUUUCUAAGGCAUUUGUGAAUAAAUCCAACAUUUUAGAUUUGGGAACCAACGAGAGCAGAGCAGCUUCUUCUGGUUCCAGUUCAGCUGAUUCAGAAGCUGUUCCAACUUUCUCUCACGAUUCUAAGCUUCCCAAUCCCAACAAUGCAAGCAGGACUGAUUCUGGUUGCGAUCUGUACCAGGGAAAUUGGAUCUAUGAUUCACUGGGACCAUUAUAUACAAACAAUACCUGCCCUGUCCUGACACAGAUGCAGAAUUGCCAGGGAAAUGGGAGGCCUGACAAGGACUAUGAGAAUUGGCGCUGGAAGCCUUCUCAAUGUGACCUCCCUCGUUUUGAUGCCCGAAAGUUUUUGAACUUGAUGAGAGGGAAGACAAUUGCUUUUAUUGGUGAUUCGGUUGCUCGUAAUCAGAUGGAAUCAUUGCUGUGUAUUCUCUGGCAGGAGGAAGCUCCAAAAAACCGGGGGAAUCGAAAAAUGCAGCGAUAUUAUUUCAAGUCAACAUCAGUAAUGGUUGUCCGGAUUUGGUCCUCAUGGCUUGUAAAGCAAACAUCUCAACCAGUUGAUUUUGCUCCAGAAAGUGUUGUGAAGCUCCACCUUGAUGCUCCUGACGAGAACCUAAUGGAACAUAUUCCAAACUUUGAUGUGGUUAUACUUUCUUCCGGCCAUUGGUUUGCCAAGCAGUCUGUAUAUCUUAUUAACAAUGAGAUUGUGGGAGGACAGUUGUGGUGGCCGGACAAGUCUCGGCGUAUGAAGAUCAACAACAUUGAAGCAUUUGGAAUUUCUAUGGAGACAAUACUCACGGCUUUUGGUACUCAUCCAAAUUACACAGGACUCACUAUUGUGCGUUCCUUUUCCCCAGACCAUUACGAGGGUGGGGCUUGGAAUACAGGUGGAUCAUGCACGGGGAAAACAAAGCCGCUUGCAGCUGGUGAAGUUGUAGAAAAUGGCUUUACAAACAUAAUGCAUGAAAAGCAGGUAAGUGGAUUCAACCGUGCAGUUAAGAAGAUUACAAACAAAUCAAAGAUGAGUUUGAUGGACAUCACCAGAGUGUUUGAGUACCGCCACGAUGGACAUCCAGGCCCAUACCGAAACACAGAUCCAAAUAAGCUCACAAAACGUGGUCCUGAUGGAAAGCCUCCGCCACAGGAUUGCUUACACUGGUGCAUGCCUGGUCCAGUCGAUACCUGGAAUGAAUUUGUGCUUGAGCUCAUAAGGAGAGACCAAGAGAACAACACCAGCCUUCAAUCGUGAGACACUUUUAGCAUUCAUUAAAGUACUCUGAUCUAAUUUGAAGGUACCUUUGCGUUUUUACUAGAUUUAAUUCAACAUAAAUUCAGGAAGGAAAAAGCCUAGUCAAGUAUAUUUUUUUGCCUUGUGAUAUUCUUAUAGCUUUAUAGAGAGAUUAUUUACUCACUCGUAAUAGAUGGGAGGGUUAGUUCCAAGUUCCAACUCUUGUACUGUAAUUUGUAAGUUACCCAGAUCAUUAUGUACCUAGAUAGACCGAGUAUUCUUUUUUCCACUGUUACACGUUUCCAUUAUAAAUAAGAUAUGUUCUGAGUUUCGGCAGAUGCUCCAUUCAUCAAAA